AUGAGCUCUGAUAUUGAAAGUUUCUUGUGUAAUUAUCUACAAACAACUCAUUUUUCUAUUCAACUGGACGAGUCAACUUUACUUGGUAAUGAAGCAUUAUUAGUGGCAUAUGUUCAAUUUAUUACAGACGAAGAAAUCCAUGAAGAGCUUCUAUUCGCGAAAACUUUAGAGUCGGACACUAAAGGCGAAUCAAUAUUUAAGCUACUGGGUGACCUUUUUCAGAAAAAAUCGAUUCCAUUUACAAACAUCAUUUCGGUGGCAACAGAUGGAGCUCCCGCCAUGGUCGGACGUUAUCGUGGAUUUAUAAGCCAUCAUAAGCAAAAUAUUAGUCGGCGCGUAUUCUCACAGUUUCCAAACUUGUCACAUACAGCAUGUCUUGAUGAAGAUAUUUAG